CUGCAAUUCAAUCAGGCAGGCCCCGCUCCUAAGGCUUGAUGACAGCACCUCCGAGGGAAGCUGGUGCCGUGGCCUACUUUGGUCUCCGUUGGUCCUGAACCGUGGGGACAGGAAGUCUCGUCCUCGCGAUGUUUCAGAUGCGGAAGCGCUUGUGUACGGCGUUCUCGCUUUUAUCCUUUAUCUCGCGAGACCUGUAGGGCCGGAAGCUCCACGUAGUUCAACUGAGUUGGAGUCGGAGAGCGACGUCUCAGCUGCUGCCGGGUUGGGGGCGGAGGAGCCAUGCCUCUCCGACUUGAUAUUAAGCGAAAACUAACAGCUCGGUCUGACCGAGUAAAGAGUGUGGACUUGCACCCCACUGAACCAUGGAUGUUAGCGAGCCUGUACAAUGGUAGUGUCUGUGUUUGGAAUCAUGAAACACAGACUCUAGUGAAGACCUUUGAAGUAUGUGACCUGCCAGUCAGAGCUGCCAAAUUUGUGGCAAGAAAGAACUGGGUUGUGACAGGAGCGGAUGACAUGCAAAUUAGAGUUUUCAAUUACAACACCUUGGAAAGAGUUCACAUGUUCGAAGCACACUCAGAUUAUAUUCGCUGCAUUGCUGUGCAUCCUACACAGCCUUUCAUUCUAACUAGCAGUGAUGACAUGCUUAUUAAGCUCUGGGACUGGGAUAAAAAAUGGUCUUGUUCUCAGGUGUUUGAAGGACACACUCAUUAUGUUAUGCAGAUUGUGAUAAACCCAAAGGAUAAUAACCAAUUUGCCAGUGCCUCUUUGGAUAGGACGAUUAAGGUGUGGCAGCUUGGUUCUUCUUCACCCAACUUCACUUUGGAAGGCCAUGAAAAAGGAGUGAACUGCAUUGAUUAUUAUAGUGGAGGAGACAAGCCUUACCUCAUUUCAGGAGCAGAUGACCGCCUUGUCAAAAUUUGGGAUUAUCAGAAUAAAACCUGUGUGCAAACACUGGAGGGACACGCUCAGAAUGUAUCCUGUGUCAGCUUCCACCCUGAGCUACCAAUCAUAAUCACAGGCUCAGAAGAUGGAACUGUCCGCAUUUGGCAUUCAAGCACGUAUCGCUUGGAAAGUACACUUAACUAUGGCAUGGAGAGAGUGUGGUGUGUGGCCAGUCUGAGAGGAUCCAAUAAUGUGGCUUUGGGCUAUGAUGAGGGAAGCAUCAUUGUUAAGCUUGGCCGUGAGGAACCUGCCAUGUCUAUGGAUGCUAAUGGAAAAAUUAUUUGGGCUAAACACUCAGAAGUGCAACAGGCAAACUUAAAAGCUAUGGGAGAUGCUGAAAUUAAAGAUGGAGAAAGAUUGCCACUGGCUGUAAAGGAUAUGGGAAGCUGUGAAAUCUAUCCUCAGACCAUUCAGCACAACCCUAAUGGACGGUUUGUAGUAGUAUGUGGGGAUGGUGAAUACAUCAUUUACACAGCUAUGGCUUUGAGGAACAAGAGUUUUGGUUCUGCACAGGAGUUUGUGUGGGCUCAUGAUUCUUCAGAGUAUGCAAUCAGGGAGAGCAACAGUGUUGUGAAGAUAUUUAAGAACUUCAAAGAGAAAAAGUCCUUUAAACCUGAUUUUGGGGCAGAGGGUAUCUAUGGAGGUUUCUUAUUGGGUGUCAGAUCUGUCAAUGGCUUGGCAUUUUAUGACUGGGAUAACACUGAAUUGAUACGCAGAAUUGAAAUUCAGCCCAAACAUAUUUUCUGGUCUGACUCUGGUGAGCUUGUCUGUAUUGCCACCGAGGAAUCAUUCUUCAUUCUGAAGUACCUGUCUGAGAAAGUUGCAGCAGCACAGGAAACUCAUGAGGGAGUGACUGAAGAUGGCAUUGAAGAUGCCUUUGAGGUUCUUGGUGAGAUUCAGGAGAUUGUGAAAACGGGGUUGUGGGUAGGUGACUGUUUUAUUUACACCAGUUCUGUGAACAGACUGAACUACUAUGUUGGAGGAGAAAUUGUCACUAUUGCUCAUUUGGAUAGGACAAUGUACCUUUUAGGGUAUAUCCCCAAGGACAACAGGCUUUAUCUGGGUGAUAAAGAGCUAAACAUCGUUAGUUACUCCUUGUUGGUCUCAGUGCUCGAGUACCAGACAGCAGUAAUGAGGAGAGACUUUGGUAUGGCUGAUAAGGUUCUUCCCACAAUUCCAAAGGAACAGAGGACCAGAGUUGCACAUUUUCUUGAAAAACAGGGCUUCAAACAACAAGCUCUUGCAGUAUCCACAGAUCCUGAACAUCGCUUUGAGCUUGCUCUUCAGCUAGGAGAAUUAAACAUUGCAUACCAGCUUGCAGUGGAGGCAGAGUCAGAACAGAAGUGGAAGCAGCUUGCUGAACUUGCCAUCAGCAAAUGCCAGUUUGGCUUAGCCCAGGAGUGUCUGCACCAUGCACAGGACUAUGGAGGUUUAUUGCUAUUGGCCACUGCUUCAGGAAAUGCUAACAUGGUGAACAAACUAGCAGAGGGAGCAGAAAAAGAUGGCAAGAACAAUGUAGCUUUUAUGAGCUACUUUUUGCAGGGAAAGGUUGACCGUUGUUUGGAACUCUUGAUUAAAACAGGACGUUUGCCAGAAGCUGCCUUCUUAGCACGUACAUAUUUACCAAGCCAAGUUUCAAGGGUUGUAAAACUGUGGCGAGAGAAUCUCUCUAAAGUGAAUCAGAAAGCUGCUGAGUCUCUGGCUGAUCCAACAGAGUAUGAAAACCUUUUCCCUGGAUUAAAAGAAGCUUUUGUUGUUGAAGAUUACUUAAAGGAAACUCAUGCUGAUUUGCGACCAGCCAAGGAAUACCCGCUUGUCACUCCAAAUGAAGAAAGGAAUUUACUGGAAGAAGCAAAAGGCUUUGAACCUUCAGGAGUAAUAGUAUCCCAGGAAUCUGAAGAGGAAGAACUGGCUUCAUCUCCUAAACCAGUAGUAGUGCCUCCAGUCACAGGAAAUUCUGAACCUCUUCCAACAAAAGAUGAAAAGGCACUACUGGACUUAGAUGACGAUUUGGAUAACUUGGAUCUGGAGGACAUUGAUACUACAGAUAUUAAUCUGGACGAAGAGAUCUUGGAUGACUGAACUUGAUUUUAAGUGACCAAAUCCUUGAAUGCAUAAUUGCUACACUAAGGAAUUGUAUUACUAUGGACUAUACAGGUUGGAAACAAGCCUAAUUUUUUUAUAUUGAACCUGGCCAACAUAAGUGUACAGGGCCCAUCAGUUGCACAAAAAUGAGUUUUCAGAUUGCCCAUUCUUGAAGUUCAUUUAGCAUAGCAACUAGGCAGCUCACCACAGGCGGUGUUGUCACAUUUAUCAAGAGAAAUACACAAUAAAGUGUUUUAAACCAGU